CACGUGAGACACCCAGAGGGCUGGACAGGCAAGCAGGGUAGGGAGGGACCAGGUCCUGCCAGGCUCCAGUUAUAAAACCCUCCCAGCAUGGGGCCAGUGUCCUGCUCCUAGCUGUGGUCUAACUCCCUCCUCUCUGCCACUACACCCCACGGACAGACGGGCAGCGGCCAAGCCAAGCCGCCACCAUGAACGACAUCUACAAAGCAGCGGUAGAGCAGCUGACAGACGAGCAGAAAAACGAGUUCAAGGCAGCCUUUGACAUCUUUAUCCAGGAUGCAGAGGACGGCUGCAUCAGUACCAAGGAGCUGGGCAAGGUGAUGAGGAUGCUGGGGCAGAACCCCACCCCCGAGGAGCUGCAGGAGAUGAUCGAUGAGGUGGAUGAAGACGGCAGUGGAACAGUGGACUUUGAUGAGUUCCUGGUGAUGAUGGUGAGGUGCAUGAAGGACGACAGCAAAGGGAAAACAGAGGAGGAACUGGCAGAUCUCUUCUGCAUGUUUGACAAGAAUGCAGACGGCUACAUAGACCUGCAGGAGCUGAAGGUAAUGCUGGAGGCCACAGGGGAGGCCAUCACUGAGGACGACAUUGAGGAGCUCAUGAAGGACGGAGACAAGAACAACGAUGGGAAAAUCGACUACGACGAGUUCUUAGAGUUCAUGAAAGGAGUAGAAUAAAGAACAUCACGAGAAGACAGAGUCCCCUGGCCCUUGAUGAUAUUUUUGUGUUUCACGUCAACAUCACAGACAUCUAUGGACAACUGGAGGCUGACUUUUGGAUGUCGUCGGCAGAACUUCUGAACGACUUGCAAGAUUUAGUUGAAUAAUCAAUCUAUCUAAUUGCUUACGUAUUUUUAGAACGACCAUUUCUUGCAUUGUUGUAAAUUAAGUUUGUAACUCGUUUUGGUGUCCAUAGACUGCAUUUGUUUAACUGUAAGCAGCCGAAAAGAAUCACAUAACUCGCAUAUCACUUCAGUUUGGCUACUUGAACUAUGUAUUACUGUUUUACUUCAAAUGUCAUGUGUACAGUUUACACAUCUCUUCUUUUUCAAAGUCGCUGAUGUUGUGUUGCCGGACCGAAUGCUGUUUGAAAUGCAUCCUAUUAGUCAUAGGACAGUGCAUCUGUUCCUAGAAGUCCCUGUAUUUAGACUCAGCCCAUAAGUAGUUUAAGUCUACAUGUAAAUGUACAUUGAUGUAGUUCUGUCCUUGAGCUGUUCUUGUCUCUUAUUGUUCUGUAUUAUGUCAUGUUUCAUGUUUUGUGUGGACCCCAUGAAGAGUAGCUGCUGCUAUCGCAACUACUACUGGGGAUCCUAAUAAAAUACCAUAAUACCAAUACCAAAUGCGAUGUAGCCACAGUGCAGACAAGAUAUAAUGCAAUGGUUGUAUGUUUAACAUAUUCUCUCAGGGCUAGUUACUCUGCUGGAAAGCCUGUGUUGGAUGUACCCACCAUACGUAUGCUUAGAAUGUACACUCAAGUAAUAAAUGAGUUAGCCAAAGCAA